AUGCGACCCAGUUUCCUCCGGAGCUCCAGGCGAGCGGCGGCGGACAAGCUCCCAUCUGACAAGAAACCGUCAUCCCUAAGCUUGGACAUCAAGUCUACACCGGCGAAGAAGUACUCGACCGAGUACCUCGACGGCGUCCGCGGCGUCGCCUCCCUCAUCGUCUUCAUCCUGCACUGGAGUCACAUCGAGUACCCCGUCGUCAACUCCGGAUGGGGGUACAAGGACCAGCGGUCUUUCUGGCUGCUGCCCUUCGUGCGACUGAUCUACUCAGGCGCCGCCAUGGUGUCGGUGUUUUUCGUCGUGAGCGGCUUCGUGCUCUCGCAUCGGUUUAUUCAGCGGAUGCACUGCCACGAGUAUGAAACACUGUACGCGGGUUUGACGUCGAUUACGUUUCGGCGUGCGAUUAGACUGUUCUUGCCGGCUUUUGUGUCGAGUUUGUUGGCGUUUGUGGCGGCUUGUACCGGAAUUAUCAGUAUACCGAACAGGGUCAAUGGGGCGAGGUUUGAGCAUGGGUUGUCGGCGUAUGUCGAGUUUUUGGACAUGGAGUCGAAUCCGUGGGAUUGGACCGCCCAGCCCUUCGGCUUCUACAACCCCCAACUUUGGUCUAUAGCCGUUGAGUUCCGCGGUUCUAUGGUCGUCUUCCUCCUGCUCGCCGGGCUGGCACGAACCCGGACCCCGGUUCGCCUAGCCGUCGAAUCUCUCAUCGUAGUUCAUUCUUUCGCCCACAAACGCUGGGACGUCGCCCUCUUCAUCGCUGGAAUGAUCAUUGCUGAACUCGAGGUAAUCACCCAAAAGCCCAAGAACCCGCCUAGGCGGAAACUGGUCAACGCCCUGCUCGUACUUACCUUGAUAUUGGGGGUGUUUCUUUCGGGAUACCCGCGGGAUCAUAACACCAAAACGCCGGGUUACAUGUGGAGCAAGUACGUCUGGCCUUACACGGCGUACCGAAGGCGCUUUUGGUUGGCGGUUAGUUCCAUUUUGAUCGUGGGGCCCAUGGCUUUCUUGCCGUCUGUGCAGAACGUCUUUCUUACUCGGCCGGCGAAGUACCUGGGGAAGAUCAGUUUCGCUCUGUAUCUUGUCCAUGGACUGGGCAAUAAAACGAUUGGGAAGUGGUUGAUCCACCUGUGCUGGAACACCAUUGGCAACGAGGAGUUCUGGCCGUUCACGAUCAGUUUUGUUGUCGCCACUGCGUUGUAUUUUCCGAUCGUUAUAUGCGUGUCUGAUAUGUUUUGGAGGGGAGUGGAUGUUCCGUCGACUAAGUUUGCUAGGUGGGUUGAGACGAAGUGUGCUUCUGGGGGUAAGAGUUAG